AUGGCUGGAAGCAGCGGAAAGAAAGCUGAAGAAAUCAGUCGACUUUCGGAGAAAUUAAUGUUUGGUUACGAAUCCCAGAAUGCAGGCGAUUUGAUUUUCGAUUUCUUUGAUGAAAAGAUUGAAGGGAUUUCGUCGUGGGAUUCCAGCAUGAAUGAUUUUUGUGGCGGAGAAAGUUUUGGUAGUGAUGGAAAAACAGAGGAGGAAACAGAGGAGGAUGAGGAACAGGGGAAUGGUUCCAAAGCUGAAUCUGAUAAGGCUUUCUGGGAUUCUCAAGAAGAGCUUCUUUUGGCAACUUUGAGGAGGACGACUUCUGUGGAAUCCAAAAUCAGAAAAGCUACAAAAGAAGCUUUAUCGGAGAUGAAUAAUUUACCCGUUACCGAUUGUUGUCUUUGCCGGCGGGAAACCGUGGCCGCCACCGACGGUUGCCGGGAAUGUGCCCGGAAACAAGUCUGUGAUCGGCUUCAAAAAGCUGGAUUCAACUGCACAAUUUGCAAGUCCAAGUGGAGGAGCACGCCAGAAAUUCCAGCUGGAGAACAUGUAUACUUGGAGGUGCUAUCAAAUUCACAAACAUCUGGAAAAAGUGAUCAAGUGAUAAGGGUGAUUGUUGAAUUGAAUUUCAAGUCAGAAUUCAAGAUGGCAAAAUCAUGUGAAGAAUACGAUCAAUUGAUCAACAAAUUACCAGAUGCAUUUGUGGGGAAACCAGAAAGACUGAAAUCACUGAUUAAGAUUUUGUGUGGCGCAUCCAAGAAAUGUAUGAAGGACAAAAAGAUGCACAUGGCUCCGUGGAGGAAGCACAAAUAUAUGCAAGCAAAGUGGCUUGGCAAGCCUACUCAUCAUAAUCAUCAUCUUCACCAAAAGCAACAACAAUCAACAUUCAUCUUGCCCCCAGUUGUUCAAUUUGAGAGGUCAACAACAACAACAACAACAACAAGGCCAAAAUCCUCCAUGCUUACCUUUGAUCUCUUAGAAAAUGUGCCAAGGUUGAACCAAGCUACCAUGAUUAGAGUAGUAUAG